AUGAAUGAAAACAAUGGAAAAACAGAUGCGGUUGGAAAAAGACAUGUGAAGGGUGUGAGAGAACAUGCUACCAAUUUACCAGAACUCGGUACCAGCAAAAUGAUCACACUUGAGGCACUCGUCCGUAGAAUCGAAAUCUCGAAAUCUCGCGAAGCAAGUGGUCAGGAGAGGUGCUGCAAGCGGUCCUUGACCGAUUUGGAAGAAUGCCGAGAGGGGGAUGGCAUUGUGUCGUUCCUUGUAUAG